AGAGAGAGGCAGAGAACUCCCAGCUCAGCCUGAUCAGUGUUUCGUCCUCCUUGUAAUGCGGAUUACAGCUCUCACCGCCUUCCUGCCACUGGACACCAGCACUGAAGCAUCACAGAGGAUUUUCACUGGAGUUUAGGGAGUUUAGGUGGCAUUUUCCUCUUGAAGGUUUCACUUGGACUUCUGAAUAUAAUUGGGACGGCUGUAGAAGAGCAUGGAGGUUAACGGGCGCGCGCUACCACCCUCAAUACCCGAGGAUGGUGAAGUCGACCACUUUUAUCACGGGGAGAUGAAUGGUUAUCACCAGAGGCUUCAGAGCGGGGAUGGGGGCGAUGCUGAGCUCCCUGUCUCCAAGUCCCAAAGACGGAAGAGCGAUGUGAAAGUCUACAAGGAGUUUUGUGACUUUUAUGCUCGCUUCAACAUGGCCAAUGCUUUGGCCAAUGCCAUGUGUGAGCGCUGCAAGAGCGGCUUCGCUCCAGCAGAGAAGAUAGUGAACAGUAACGGGGAACUUUACCACGAGCAGUGCUUUGUCUGUGCGCAGUGUUUCCAGCAGUUCCCAGAGGGACUCUUCUACGAGUUUGAAGGCAGGAAGUACUGUGAACACGACUUCCAGAUGCUGUUCGCUCCUUGUUGCCAUCAGUGUGGUGAGUUCAUCAUCGGCCGUGUGAUCAAGGCGAUGAACAACAGCUGGCAUCCGGACUGCUUCUGCUGUGACAUCUGCCAGGCUGUACUUGCAGACGUUGGAUUUGUUAAAAAUGCCGGACGGCAUUUGUGUCGUCCCUGUCACAACAGAGAGAAGGCCCGAGGUCUCGGAAAGUACAUCUGUCAGAAGUGUCACGCCAUUAUUGAGGAGCAGCCUCUCCUGUUCAAGAACGACCCUUACCACCCUGAUCACUUCAACUGCAACAACUGCGGAAAAGAGCUGACAGCUGAUGCCAGGGAGCUGAAGGGGGAGCUAUACUGCCUUCCCUGCCAUGACAAGAUGGGUGUGCCCAUCUGCGGCGCCUGCAGGAGACCCAUCGAGGGCCGCGUCGUCAAUGCCAUGGGCAAGCAGUGGCACGUUGAGCAUUUUGUGUGUGCUAAGUGUGAGAAACCCUUCCUGGGACACCGUCACUACGAGAGAAAGGGCCUGGCCUACUGCGAAACACACUACAACCAGCUGUUUGGGGAUGUUUGCUACCACUGCAAUCGUGUUAUUGAAGGAGACGUGGUUUCUGCUCUCAACAAGGCGUGGUGUGUCAACUGUUUUGCUUGCUCUACCUGCAACACCAAGCUCACUCUCAAGAACAAGUUUGUGGAGUUCGACAUGAAGCCGGUGUGUAAGAAGUGCUAUGAAAAGUUCCCCCUGGAGCUGAAGAAGAGGCUGAAGAAGUUGUCCGAAGCCGUCGCACGGAAGUAAACACCCAUAGGAGAUGAGACGGGGCAGCGAAGUGACCGUGCUCAUGCUCAACCCUGACAGUCAUUUAAGACAGAAUUGGUGUGUUUUAUGUUACAUUUACGUUGGUUAUUUUAGUGGAACACUUUACUUUUAACACUUACAGUCACAGAUGGAAAGUGCUUACCAUUGAUUUCUUGUUCCUGAAGCUGGCAGAUGGCUCAACAGUCAGAUUGCUGGUCAGUCAGGAGUUUUUGCUUCAACUUAUUAAGUGCCUUGUUGCUCAAAUGCUGCACUAUAUAUUUUCAUAUAUUUGCUUAUUUCACUGCUAAUAUAUAUAUAUGAAUAUAUAUAUAUAUAUAUGUAUAUAUAUAU